AUGAUAUUCCCGUCGCCGGGAGAUGACGGUGCUCGGGCGCUUGUGGCUGGGGAAAAAACUCACGGAGGUCGGUCGUCGUUUGCAGGAUGCAGCCUCAAACCUUCCUCAUACCACCCACCGCGAGCGGCUAGUGACCGGAAAGAUGGCGAUCCACGCCCGGUCGGAAUGAACCAGAGGAAACUCUGGUCGAAGUCCAAAUUGCCUCUGACGUGCAAAUCUAUCGUCGGAAUCGUUGUUUUCCUCAGGAUAGCUGGCGUUCGAUCUUCGCAAUUCCAUCCGGUAAAGCGAACGAUUGGAGGCCCCGGGGCCGUUCACGCCCUCGACCUCCUCUCAAACUCGGAACCGGUGGAACGGUUCGACUCUCCUGAAUACCGAGCAGUCCUACUUUGCUAUCGUCAUCGUCGCAGCGACGGCAGAAACGAAUGCGAGUGUCAAUAUUUCUUUUCUGCUUUUUUCCUUGCUUUUUUCUUUUUCCCUCCUCAAUUAAUUUUUCUUUCUUUCUCUUUUACGUUUUUCUUUAAUUUUUUUCUCUCUUUUUCUUUCAUUCUUUCACGAUCUUUUUAUUUCUUUUCUUUCCUUCCUUCCUUCCUUCCUACCUUCCUUCCUCUUUUUCUUUUUAUUUAUUUCUCGUUUCCUUUCUUCUUUCUAUUCAUUCUCUUUUUCCUUCUUUCUCCUUUUUCUUUCUUAUUUUCUUUAUUUCAUUCAUUUUUCUCUCAAUUUUUCUCUUAG